AUGGCUUCAAGGGAUGCCACCGUUUUUGGCUGCGCUCUUGAAGCGGUGAAGUGGGUCGUGAACUCGUCGCAGAGGACACCCCAAGAGUCGAUGGAGUUUCUCCGAGGACUCCCAAACAUAGUUGGAUCAGCAAUUGAGAAAAUAAUUGAUUUGUCUUACAAUUCCUUCUCAGGAUCAAUUCCACAUAGUUGGAAGAACUUGAAAGAACUGAUAGUCUUGAACCUGUGGAGUAAUAGGCUAUCUGGUGAAGUUCAAGAUCACCUCUCUGAAUGGAAACAGUUGCAGAUCUUGAAUUUGGGAGAAAAUGAAUUUUCUGGAAACAUACCAUUCAUGAUGUCACAAAACCUAGAAGUAGUCAUAUUGAGAGCUAACCAAUUUGAAGGGAAUAUUUCACCACAACUAUUUAAUCUCUCUAAUUUGUUUCACUUGGACCUUGCACAUAACAAACUUUCAGGAUCUUUGCCAAACUGUGUCUACAACUUGACUCAAAUGGAUACUCAUUACUUGAAUUCAUGGUAUGAUAACAUCGUUGAUUUGUUUACCAAAGGUCAAGAUUAUGUGUUUGAUGUCAAUCCAUAUAGGCGAACUAUUGACCUUUCAGCCAAUCACUUGACUGGAGAAGUGCUAUUGGAAUUGUUUCAGCUUGUUCAAGUUCAAACAUUAAACUUAUCUCAUAAUAGUUUCGUUGGAACAAUUCCAAAGACGAUUAGAGGCAUGAACAAUAUGGAAUCUCUCGAUCUCUCUAGUAAUAAGUUUUGUGGUGAAAUUCCUCAGAGCAUGUCUCUGUUACACUUUAUGGGUUAUUUGAAUUUAUCUUACAACAGUUUUGAAGGAAAAAUUCCAAUUGGAACUCAACUUCAAAGUUUUAAUGCAUCGAGUUGCAUUGGGAAUCCUAAACUAUGCGGAGAUCCUCUCAAUAAUUGUACCACAAAAGAAGAAAAUCCUAAAACUGCAAAGCCAUCUACAAAGAAUGAAGAUUAUGCUUCUAUAAGAGAAUCAAUGUAUCUUGGCAUGGGAGUUGGAUUUGCAGUAGGUUUCUGGGGGAUUUGUGGUUCUUUGUUUCUUAUUAGGAAAUGGAGGCAUGCAUACUUUUGGUUUAUAUAUGGAGUAGGUGACAAGCUCUAUGUUACUUUGAUGAUAAAGUUAAAUAGCUUUCGCAGAUAUUGA